AUGCCUACAUUCGAGGAACACGAAUUCACCCACGGCGAAGGCGGAGAGAAGAAGACUUUUUUCUUGGCGGCUGGUCCCAAAGAUGGGCCUUUGAUCAUCUUCAUUCAUGGAUGGCCCGCCAUUGGGUUGACAUGGAAGCAUCAGAUCGAGACAUUCGCGAAUCUGGGCUUCAGGGCGAUUGCUCCUGACAUGCCAGGCUACGGAAAGUCGUCUGCUAGAAAGAAGACCGAAGACUACUCCAUGGAGCAAGUCAAUAACGGAAUGGUAGCUCUGAUCGACCACCUCGGCAGGGAUGAGGCUAUAUGGAUCGGCCAUGAUUGGGGCUGCGGAGCGGUCUGGAGUUUCGCUGAACACUACCCUGAGCGCUGCAUCGGCGCUGCCGGCUUAGCCGUCCCAUCUCAUGUCAUCGAGAAGGGUCUGGAAGAGGAGCUCCGCCUAGUGAACCGCGACAUGUAUCCCGCGGACAAGUACCCAGAUGGUCAAUGGUCAUAUCAGCGCUUCUACGAGCAGGACUUCGAGAAGGCCACGAGCUGGUUCGAUCAAGACCCUGCGGCAUUCAUUCGUGCAGCGUACAUCAAGGGACAGCCAGCCAAUCUAGGCCAGCCGGCGCGUACUGCGAACGUCGUGAAAGACGGCGGCUGGUUUGGUGGAGUCGAGAAGCCAGAUCCAGACUGGAAGAAGAUUCCCGCCUCUGCCAUUGUCAUCGACGAGGACGUGUACACGGAGCUGGUCGCCGCGAUGGAGAAGACGGGUUUCUGGGGCGCCGACUCGUGGUACAGCAACCAUGAAGCGAACAGGAAAUACUUCUUCGAGAAGGCCAAGCACGACGGCUACAUUCAUAUGCCGACACUGUUCAUCCAAGCCAAGUACGACACGAUCUGCGAUACGGUCAACUCCCGACUGGCUGAGCCGCAGAGGAAGUACUGCACGAGCUUGACGGAGGCGUCGAUCGAUGCUGGUCACUGGGUUCCUCAAGAAAAGCCGGCGGAAGUGAACGGGAUCAUUGCGAGGUGGAUUGUGGAGUCUUGCAAGCACUCUUGGCCUGGGUAUUGGCAGAGAGGUUUCGUCAAGUCAAAGGUAUGA